UAAGGCAGCCAUAUUGCUCUUGCCGCGUGCUGGUGUUGGAGGACCCUCCCUGCUGCAGAUUUACCAAGAGCAUGAAUCAAGAAAAGUUAGCCAAACUUCAAGCUCAGGUCCGGAUAGGGGGCGAGGGUACAGCUCGCAGAAAGAAGAAGGUGGCUCACAGGACAGCUACUGCUGAUGACAAGAAGCUUCAGAGUUUUCUAAAGAAACUGGAUGUGAACAAUAUAGCUGGUAUUGAAGAGGUGAACAUGAUUAAAGAUGAUGGGACAGUUAUUCAUUUCAACAGCUCCAAAGUCCAAGCUUCCCUCUCCACUAACACCUUUGAAAUUACUGGUCAUGCAGAAGCCAAACAAAUCACAGAAAUGCUUCCUGGAAUACUACGUCAGCUUGGUGCUGACAGCUUAACAAGCCUUAAAGAGUUAGCUGAGCAGUUCUUACUGCAAGUAUUGGAUAGUAAAGCAACAAAACCAGAAGACAUUGAUGAAGAAGAUGAUGAUGUUCCAGAUCUCGUAGAAAAUUUUGAUGAAGCAUCAAAAAAUGAAGCUAACUAAAAUCCUCUGGGUUUUGGAAGCUGGCAUGGGCUAGAUUUAACAAUCAGCUCUUUUGUUCCAAAGUUUUACAGACAUGGAGAACAUCACCUGCUGCUAGUUCAGUACUAUAAAUAUUUUGUAUAUUAAUAAUGCUGUUUGAUCAGCAUUUCUCAGUCAUUUGAUUUUGCAUUUUGCACUUCCCAGGAUCUAUUCUUUUGGUCAAAAUAUGAAGUAUUGAUAGAGUUUUAGGGUGGUUUUUGCUUUUGGGGGGCAACUUUUGGGUGUGUAGGUAUAUGUAUGUGUGUGGGUAUGUGUGUACACG